AUGACUUCAAAAUAUUCUAUUGCAUUAGAAAUGAAUGAUCCUAAUUUGCCAGAUUCUACAUGGCGGAAAAGUAAUCCACAAUCAAACAAGAAUAAUAACAACAUUAAUAAUAUUCGAAAGGUAGAAGAGGAAGGAAAGGAGGAGAGGGGAGACCUAGAAUCAAAUAAUAACGGUUACAGCAUUAGUGGUAAUAAUAUCAAAAGUAAUGGUCAUAAUAAUGUAGUAUUGGAAAAAAAUCUAGAUUUAGAUGCUGAGACAAAGAGAAGAUUGGCAAAACCUUAUCCACUUGCUCAUAAUUGGACUUUUUUUCUUGAUAGGGAAGACCCGAAUAAUGUAAAUGGCGGAGCAUGGUAUUUUCGUGUGAAUAAAACCGAUUCAGCAAGGGUUUGGAGAGAAUUAUUAAUGUUAUUGAUCGGUGAACAAUUUGAAGAUCAUCUUCUCGAAGAUGAUGAUAUCUUUGGUUUAACUGUUUCGUCCAGGGCAACAUCUGACAUCUUCAAUAUUUGGAAUAAGAAUGCUGAUGCAAGUCAACAUUCAACAGUCUUGGAAAAACUGAAAACUUCUUUAUUACCAACGGAAUUACAAAUGCCAUACUAUAAAGCUCACUCAGAACACGCGGCAUUUAAAAAAACAGAACCUAGAUUUAAUCGGCAAAGAUAG